AUGGAAAGCCUGAAGGUAGAGCCUUCUUCUUCGCCUCGAGUCGGACUGCCAGCGAGCGCGCGCGGCUGCACGCUGCUGCAUGCGAUUCCGUCCUCGCCGCCUGCCUCUUCUCGGUCCUCUCCCGGCGCGCAUGGCAGCAGUCCCCUUGGCCGCGCAUGCGCGGAGACGAGUGAAGUGCUUCCGUCCCCCGACUCACGAGGUCGCGAGGCGUUGCAGCGCAGCGCCCCAGAGGCUCCUCCGCAGCGAAAGAGCGAGAGCAGCGCCGCGGAUUCGGCUGCGCGUGCGCGAGACAUGGACGUUGCGGCCGCCCAGGUAUUCGCUGCUGGUCGGCGGCGAGACGCGAAGACUGAGGGGGGAGAGGAUAGAAAGCCGAACGGCGCAUCGUGUUGUCGUCUGCGGCGGUCUUCUUCUGGGGCCCUCUCCGCGGUCUCGCGCGCGUCGUCGUCGCUCUCGAGCUCGUCCUCUCGAUUCAGGGACAACGAGGCUGCUGGGCUCCAUCAGAGGGGCGAAGGCGCCUCUUUGCAAAGUGUGCGGAAGGGCGGUGGAGGGCCGGUGGAGGCGAAUGACCCCACUUCUCUCUCGCCCGACGGCAUCCGUCGGUCUUCUCGUCUGCGCCACCCAGGAGAAGGGGGCGACUGUCGGCACGCCUCUUCGGCUGCUGCGUCCUCGCCCUCGCCAGUUUCGCUCUCUGCGCCGUUCCGAACCUCACCUCGUCUUCUUCUGCCGACCUGCGCGUCUCCGACGGCGUCGAGCCCAACUAGCGGUGUCGUCACCCGUAGCGGAGGUGGGGGGGCCGGCAGCCCCGCGAUUGGGCUCUCUGGCGAGGGCCUUUCGGGGAAAGACGGGAGAGGAGGAGGGGCUGCGGGCAUGGACUCGAAACGGGGGUUGAAGCCAGACAGAGACGCGAGCGCGGCAGCCCUUCGUCUCGAAGAGAAGGAAAACAUGACGCGGCACGCGCCGUCGCCGUCGUCGCGGCACGAGCCUCACAACACGCCGCGCGUCGUGACCUCGCACCUGAAGACUGCCGCGGGCCCCGGGUCGGCGCGCUGCCCGUUCUCUGCGCUUGUCCCUGCCUCGCCCUUCUCGGGGGAGAGGGUCGCCGUGACGCCGCAAAAGUUUACGCCGCCGGCCGGGCUCCCUGGACUCCAACGCGGGCCGCGUCGCGCCCGCGUUGGAGCCCGUUUCGCGACCUGCGGAGGGGGGACGGACGUGAAGGCGCACGAGGAGGAAAGCGGACAGGAGGAAUCGACGGACAGCGAAGAAGACGAGAGGCUUGAAGGGGGGAGGAAGCGAGCUGCGUCCCACCGCGUGGAAGACGCCGGGAAGCGGACGGUCAGGCGCCGCGAGAGAGACCGGGGGGCUGUAGCCCGUAGGUCCUCGCGGCUGCAGAGUCUCGAAGCGACUCGAUGCGGCUCAGAAGACGGAAGAGCCAAGGGGAAUCUGUCAGCGGCGCGUGCGCUCCCCGUGGCGCCCUCUCGAUUGUUUGCCUCCCUCGACGCGCCCCUGUCUUUCGCGUCCUCCACAGACUCGUCGCCCUGCGCCUCGUCGUCCUCUUUCUCGCGGCACAACACGCCGCGGAGCGCGGAGCGCGGAGGCGAGGAGAUGGACGCGACGGGCGACGACGGCUCCAUCGCCAGUCGGGCGCGCUCCCUGCGGGCUCUGUCGCGGCAGCCGAGGGAGGCGAACCCAUCCUCUUCGGAUGCGGCGUACACUAUGCUGAGUCGGCUACGGGGCCGUGGAGACGCUUCCGCGGCGUCGGCCGCGAACGAGAACGUGGCGUCGCGCCCGCAGCUGACGCGCGCGUCUGGGGGGGGGGGGCUGCAGCAGCGACCUCUUGCGCAGAGGAGAGGGCGGGAGAAGGCCGCCGCCGCAUCAGGCGGCGCCGAGAGGCGCGGCAGAGGGAGGGCGGCGGAAGAGGAGGGUCGGGAGGAGACGGAGGCUUCCUCCGCCGGGGAGGAAGCGGAGGGCGCCGACGCCGCGGAGAACGACGAAGAGGGGACGGCAGACUCGGGCGUGGUGCUCAGCGGAGUCGAGAACUGCGCGUUCGAGGUGGUCACCGUGGAGGAGGUGGCGCGGCGAAGAAAGAAGGAGGUCGUCCGCACGCAACACCUCAGUGCGAGCGCGCAGGAGGAACAAGAUCGGCUGCGGGAGAUCCUGCAACAACAGUUUGGAAAACGUGGAUCCUUCUGGGGCGGCUGCGGCUGGGUGCCUGCGCCCGACAGUCGCGGUAGGGGCGCAGCGUCGUCGCCGAGCGCCUCCGCGAGGCGGCUCGCCCCCCCCGCGGCGUCGUCGCACACUUGGCAGCCCUUCAUCUUCUGCCCGUACUUCGGAGAAGAUCACCGCCGAGUGUACAGACACCGCCACCCGCGGCUAUACAAAGCGCUUCUCGCGUGCGUACAGGAGGGCGUCGUACACGAGGGCAUCCAGGUGAUUCGGCUGCUAGACUACCGCCACCCUGUGCGGCUGGUGACGCCGGUGGAGGAAGACGCAUAUUCGCUGCGAUACGUCGGACCGCGGAUCUCCGGGGAGCAUCGCGAGAGAGUGAUCUUCGGCGAAUACUCGGGCUACGUGAGCAGCGGCGAAGACCUGCGUGUCGACCAUCCCCAGUACUGUUUCCAACUCAAAUUCCAUCGCGAGGCCUUCCGCGACCCGCACCUAGUAAGAACGAGCGACGAAGAGGAAGCAAGAGUGGAGCGCGCCGACGAGGGCGGCGCGCAGGCACGCGAGGGCGGGUGCUGGACAGACUGGGACGUCAAGGACGAUGACAGGAAAGGUGGCGCAUCGCCCUCUUCUUCGGCGCUUUCGGUGGUGACGAUUCCGCACGACGAGAUGUACGCCGUGGACAGCACAGACACGUUCAACGAGCUCUCGAUGGUGAACCACUACCAGACAGUGGAUUUGUUCGGGCGGCGGAAGUUCCGCAUCAAUGCGGAGUGGCAGGUGGUGUACGUGGACGCGUGGCCGCACAUCAUUUUGACUUCGAUUCCAGGAGUCCCUGUCGAGCCCGGCGAGGAGCUCCUCGCGGACUUCGGCUACACCUGGUUCGAUCAAAUCAACGCACAGUGCAUGCGCUACUGCCGCCGCCAGCUGCAGGCGCUGCGCCUGGAGCACACGCUGACCCCCAAGGCGCUGCGGCGGUUCCUCCAGGAGGAGGAAGACGAGGCCUUCUCGACCGACCAACUCUGUCACCUGUGCUACGCGAACGAAAAGUUGUGUCGAGACGCGGCGGAGCGAGGCGGCGGAUGCGCCCUCGAGCAGCGAAGCAGCCAGACGCUAGAGGGCGAAAUCGAAGGAGAAGGAGCCGCGGGCGAGCUUAGCGAGGAGGUGGCGGGCGGCUCGACUACGGGGAAGAACGCAGGAGGCCAGUUAGAGAUCCGCGCGGAGAGAUCGGAGGAGGCGAAGGAGAAGAAGACGCCGACGAAGAAGGGCCGCGGCAGGAAGAAGAAGCGGAAAGACGCACAAGUGGGUCACGCAGAGAGCGCGAGGGGCGAGAGGGAGGCGGAGAAGACCGACGACGACGAAGACGAUGAAAAAAGAGAAAAGGAGGAGCGAGGCAUAGUCUGCGACGGCUGCAACCGGGCCUACCAUCUGGAGUGCAUCCAUCGAUCGGGCGACCCUCCUUCAGACGAGUACGAGUGGUUCUGUCCUCUCUGCAUCCUCUUCGCCGAGCGCGUCAUGGAGACUCGCCACGCGCGGAAAAAAGAAGAAGAAGCGAGGAGUCAGGUGCGAGCCGGCACGCAGCGGCCGAGUGUGGAGGCCGCAGAGAACAGGGUCACUUGCGCAGAGGCAGCGAGGGAGAAACGAGGACCUGCGGAUGCACAAGACGAUGACAGGCGUGCCGGCACAAGCGUCGACUCCGAACCCCGCCCAUUGCACGCGAAUGCGACGUCGCCCGCGGGAACGAGUGCAGCGGCAGGAUCGCCCGCCUCUGCCUCCGUCGAUGCCUUGCCUUCCCUCUCCUCUGCUUGCGCUUCGGCGCUCAAGAGGGGGGGAAUCUACGGUUCCUCGCAUGCGAGAAGCAGCGUCGCAGAAAACCGGUUGUUCCCUCGACUGGCGUCGUCGCCUGCCUCCUCGUCCGCCGCUUUGUCUUCAACUGCACUCGCAGAUUUCGAGUUUGCGCUGGGGUCCGCGGCCUCGUCUCUGUCUUCGGUAUCCUCCUUGCCACUGGCGUCCUCUGAGCCGCUCGCCUCUUCGCCGCCGAUCGCUGACGCGCCGGCGGGCGCAGCGACGCCCGCGCGGGCUUUGUUGACUCGCGAGGGUCCGACCCGUGCGAGUUCUGCAGAGACUGAAGGCGCAGCCGCCCAGAUGCCGCGUUCCUCUCUCUCGCCCGCCCCCCCUCCCUCGCCUUCUCUUUUUUCCUCCUCUUCUUACCCAAUCGCUUCUCCGCUGUCGCUUCCCGGCUUGCCGCGCCUUCAGGGGGAAGGUGCACUCGAGUCGCAGGAGGCCGCAGCAGCAGCCGCGGCGUGCUCGCCCUCCUGGGCUUUCUCUGCGUUGGGGUCGUCCUCCGGCGCGCUCCUUCCUUCUCCUUUUUCUCCGCCGUCGCGCCCGUCUCCGGCGUUGCCACCGGCGCUCGGAGCGGGCGUGCGGGCGUCGCCACGCGUCCUCAAGCGCCGCACAGAGUUCUCUUCUGUCGCGGAGGCGUUCGCAGCGCAGGCGCGGAGAAUCCACGCGCGACCUUCGCCUUCGGUGACGGAGAUGACCGCCGAGCAGCAGCGCGGGAAACUCACCGACGUCCCGACGUUCCCCGAGUCGCCGCAUCUCGCCACGCUCCUGCCCUGUCGCGCCUGUCGGCGGCGCUACGGCGCCGACGCGAACGGCGUCACAUGCCGCGUCUUCAAGCUGCACCUGGCGAAAAACUUCUCUGACCCCGGCGAGGAGCCCGCCACAGAAACUCCGCUCGAAAUCUGCCACGACAUCAUCAAAGCAAUGAGGAAAGUAGUCAUUGACUACCGCCGAGCGGAACUGGAAGCGGCGGGGGCUGAGGCAGCGGUCCCGCCCGAGCCUGCGGACGCAGGCCCUCCCGCAGGGGACGGAGAGACGAGUCCGCGCGAGCUGCGCUUUCCCGACUUGCUUUCGGGGGAGAAUCUGCUGGCGAGGAUGAGCGGCCGCACGCAUCGUUUCGUUCCGCUUCUCGGCGUCUAUCUGGGUGCGACAAAGAUUGAGCGACGCCUCUCCUCUGGAGUCCGCGUGGGCAAAGUCGCGGGACUAGUCAAGGAAGGGGAGCAUGGCGCGCCCAAGGUCGUCGUCGAGUACGAGAAUGGAGGCCAAGAGACGUUCGCGCCUAAGUUCUUCAUGACGGAGCUGCUGUGCCAGGCGCUGCGUCCUCGGCAGCACGCAGGGGCUUCGCCGUUUGAUGGCCUGUUUCGCUCGGACCUUGUCCCGUAUAUAAGCCGAGAGGUGCGGCGCCACACGCGCCUAAUGAUCCCCCAGUCUUCGCUGUGUCCACAAGAGGACGACGACGGCGGGGUGGAGGAUGAGCAAUCUGAAGGCGGGUCUGCAGGUCUGCGGUCCACGUUCGCCGCAGAGUUUCUAGAGGAAGUCGCGCUGACGGGCUCGACGUCGCUGGCGGCGGCCGCCUUUAGUGUAGACCGAAGUGUGGUGGAUAACUUCAUCGCAGUGGAGGAGGACGAGGACUCGUGUGAAGAGGAGGAAGUCGAGGUGCCGGAGGCGAAGCAGAGGGGGAGCAAGAAGGCGGAGGAAAGUGCCCGAGAGCGGGAGAGAGAGGCGAGAAUUGACAAGUCUAUCGAGGACGACUGGAGCGCCCUGUUUUGCUUUCUGUCGUCCUGUCUUCCCGCGCUCCGCGUGGACAGCCGUGAGAAGAGAACGCGGCGAGUGUACGCGCUCAACGAGGCGGCCAUCGAGACUCUUUCUCUGCUGCCUCAGCGCCGGAAGGAGGCGGCGAGCGGAUGCCCACAAGGAGAGGACGAAAAUCUCGCGCACAUGCCUUUCCUCGCUCUCUUGUCUUCGCUCUCUUCGGCGUGUAGUUCUGCGUCCUUCUCCCUCCUCGGAGACCGCAGCGGCGGCGGCUCGGGGACGCCGUCGUCCCCGUCCAAGCGCCGGCGCCUCCUUGGGCUCCAAAACGGGGGAGUCGAGAGAGAAAAGAAGGCUGGCGCGGCUAGAGAGCGCUGUGAGGACGACAGCAGUUGUGACGGCGAGGGCGGCGGAGGUGGGUGGCCUAAAGGCUGGAUGGGGGCGUUGCUGAAGGCUGUCGAGGAGACUCCGGCUGCGGCGGGAGACGGCGUGCCGACGUCGUUGUGGGCGGGCUCGAGGGGCGUGCUUCCCCCGCUGGGGCUCUUUCUCGCCCCGGACGAAGAUCUCGAGUGGGGGGACGACGAGGCGUGUGCGUUUCCCGCGGCUCCGGCGCGGUCGUCGCCUCUCGCCGUCGUCGCGCGUCCGCGCACCACGGCAGUGGCUGCUGCAGUGGCGAGCGCGGCGUCUGCCCUCGUGGCGAUGACUGUGCGGCCGAAGGCCGCGGGGGGACUCAAGGCCGAGGAAGAAAAGGCGGAGAAGGCGCAGGAAGCCGGUUCGCUCUUCGUGGCGCUCGCAGCCGACCUCAGCGGUCGGCGGAGGGAGAUGGAAGAGAGGACGAUGCGCGCCUGGUUUGGCCAGCCCGCGGCUGCGCGCGUGACGACGGCGCUCCUGCCACGGCUGUACAGCGCAGGGAGGGCGGCGGAAGACGAUGAGGAAGGAGACGAGGCGGAGGAGGAUGGAGAAGACGGCGAGGGGACGCGCGGAGGGAGGGGAGCGGGAAAGGGCCGCGGCAAGGGAGGCCUCUCCACGAAGCACCGAACCCGAGGGGGGGGUCGCGGCGCAGCCCAUCUCGCGGCUGAUCGGAUGGCAAAACGACGCUACGCAGGAAGCGCUGAGUCGCGAGGCAGUAGUAGCGCCGCGCCCUUCUCGCUUUCUUUUCCGCCGGCCUUCCCUCCGGCUGACAGGUCGCGCCCGGGCGCGCCGCGCAGUCCGCCGACUAUCGCGUUUCCGCCGCCGAACGAAUUGGGGGGGGCGGAGGAAAUCCAGCGGCACGGCGAUCGAGCCGCGUCCGCGGCCUCGCACAAAGGUGGCUUCAGCUACUCAGCCGGGUCUUUGCCAUAUCUCCAGGCCGCUCAGUACCGGACGGAGACAGCUGAGCGGGAGGCGGCGAGUCGCGGCGCGCGGGGGGCGGCGGAUGUCCCCUUUGCGACGAGUGUCGGUCGCGCGUGGUACGAGGCGGCGAGCGACGCGUGGGUCGCCGAGUUUGUUCGCGAAAACGGCAGACUCGGGCGGAAGCACUUUUUGUGUCGCAAGCUCGGGGCUGAGCGCGCAGAGCGUCUCGCGAAGAUCAAGGCGCGCAUCCUGCUGCCGGCCGACGACGGAAAACCUACUUCUCACCACGAGUUUCUGCUUCUCCAGAGACACCGACAGCUGAAGAACCUGCAGCGCGAGGGCGAGGCGCGGCUGAAGCGCGAGCGCCGGUGCGCGCAGGGCGAGGAGACCGCAGGCGGGCUCCGCGACGACGAUGGCGACCGAGGCGACUUCGGCGGCGGGGGCUGGGGCGGCGCCGGCAAGGUCGGCGCGUUCCGAGGCGGCCGGGGGGGCAAAGGCGACGAAAAGCGGAGACGAAUCGGCGAGCGACGCGGAGCCGAAGAAGGCAGCACUGCUACGGAGGAAAGCAGUGAAAUCGGCUCUCUGCAGGGCGACAAAUUUCCUUCGCGAGGCGACCGCGUAGUAGAGGCCUACCCGUAUCCGCCUGGUGGGUCGUCCGCCCAUGGCGCAAGCCCAGAGCUGCUGGGCUUGCACGCCUUCCCCGCCUCACCCUAUGCGCAGCCGGAAGUGGCGGAUAGAAGGCGACCUAUCGCCGCCAUCCCGUCGUCGGGUGAGGUCGGCUACUCGCCUGGGUCUCUUUCUCAUCGCGGGGAGACGGCGAGCUUUCCGGAGGUGUCUGGGCGCUUCGUGCAGGCUCCUGCGCCCCUGGGGGGCGCGUCUACGUGGCCAGCCCCGGGGCCUCCUUCCCCGGGACUCCCUGCGUUUCACACUUCGCAGUCUUUCCCUCCGGCGCACGUGUCGCCGCCGGCGGUCGGCGCUGCGGGCGCCGCGUUUGCGUGCGAGGACGCGUCCGCGUACGCGCCUGCAGGCGUCCUGCCGGCGGUGCCGCGGGAUGCGCCGCCCAGUCCAGGCUUUCCGCCCUCCUCGCACGGAUUCCGUGCGGGGCUUCCCUCAGGCGCCGACGCGCAGACUCAGCUGAAUCAUUGUUCACCCGCGUUUUUCCCCUCCACUUCGUUCCCGGCGGCGGCAGCGUCGCCCGCCUUCACGGCGUCGUCGCCCGUCUUCACGGCGUCGUCGCCGCCCCUGGGCCCCUUCGGGUAUGCUCGCGCGUCGGCGCCGGCUGGGUCUCCUCUGGAGUCCCUUCUCGACGAGGGACACUUUGCUGCCGCUGGAUCCCCGGCUAUCACGUUUGCGACGCAGCAGAGUAUCUGCGUGGACGCGCUGCUCGCCCUGGCGCGCUGUCGGGCUUCCUCCGCCGCGGCUCGCGAGGCCGGCGGGGCGGCGAGCAACUCGGGGUCUCCGUGGCCGCGAUUCAACGCGCUGUUUGCGCGGCUCUCCGAGCGCACAAUGACUCCCGAUCGUCUGGCGCCGUUCUGGGAAGCGCUUCACCGGCUGUUCCUGUCCGUGGGCUUCGCGGUCUCUUCCCCUGCAGACCUCCCGCGGAUCCACGGCGUCGUCAAGACCGCGGUCUUGAGAGACGCUGCGCUGGGGGAGGAGGUGGCGCGCGAGUUGGACGCCGCGCUGCUGCGCCAGAACCAAGCGACUGAGAGCAACGGGACGCGUGUCCUCUCCGCCGCGCCUCCCGAGCGAGAGUUGACUUGCCCAGGCGGCGGGGCCGCCGAGGAGCCGCGAGGCGAGGCGCGAGCCGACGCAGACGCUGGAAGCACCAGCCCGCCUGAGGCUGGUGCUUCCAGCGCAGGAGGGGGCGCGGGGAAGCAGCAAGUCGCCAUCGCGGCGGCUGCGGGGGGGUUGGCGCCGCGGUCGGCGCGAGGCGCAGAAGGGGAGAGCGGCGGCGGAGUGCUGCUGCGGGAGCGGUCUGGCAGCGGAUCGAGUGUGCGGGAAACGACUACACAUCUCUUCAUUGACGGAGAGGAAGACGAGAAUGCGACGGAGGACAGUCCAUUUCCCUCGACGACGUCUUGCGCGAGUCCGCCUUUUCUCAGCGCAUCGGCUUCAUCGCCUCUUCCGCUCGAUUCCAGCAAGUCGCCUGUCCUCGGCGCUCUCGCAGAGACCGGCGGCUCAGGGGCGUCGUGCUCGCCGCAGACGAACUCCGCAUCUUCGCGUCUCUCGUCUCCGCGACUCGCUACCUCAGUUACUCCUUCCUUGCAGCGUCUCCCGGAGGCGGCGCCAGGCUGGUUUUCGCCGCGGCAGAGCGUCGAGCCCUUCGGCGCGCCGGCCUGUCUCCUCUCGCCGCCGACAGGGAGCCCAACGAGCCGAGACCUCGCGGGCUGCAGCAGAAGCAUGGCUACACUGUCUCCUCCACCGGGUGCGGCGCUUGCUGCACACGACUCCGCGGGAGAGGAAGAGCAAAACGCAGGGGUGUCGCUGUCCUUCGUCUCUUUCGAUGAUUGCCACCAUCAGCUCCCGGGAGCGCACGCCGCUGACGCUGGAGUGUCGCCUGCUCCGCAGCAGAGUCUUCUUUCUUCUUCCAUCAGUUCAUCCCCUUCAAAGGUGAUAUCCUCCCUCCACCCUUCGGCUUCGCUGUCUCCAGCGUCCUCGCUGUCAUUCUCCUCUGCGCCUUCUUCAUCCGUCGCGUCCUCCUCUCCGCCCCUCGUCGCCCCUCUGGGGCUGAGCGUCGCUGAAAAGAAUGGACAGGAGAGCGCCAUUCCGCCUCCAGCGGCUGAGGUCAGACAGAACGGGGCGAUUCGCGAACCUGCUUCGCGCACUCCGCUGCAGGCCGCGCCCGCGAUGCGCGCAGAAGCUGCAGAGUCUGUGGGCGCUCCCGAAACGGAGUCGAGAGAGCAAGCAGAAGCCCGCAGCGUCCAGGCAUAG